AGAGUUACCAUAUAUGAAUGGAAGAAGAAGAGACUUUUGCUGUUACCUAGUCUCGAAACUCGCGAGGAAAACAAAGUUGAGAUAAGAUGAAAUAAUUUAUAUACAAUUUGGUUGAAUUAUGGCACCAAAGUCCAGGAUGUAGUCAAUUUGACGCCAGCAGAAAAGGAAAAAACAUAAAUAAAACCAUUGGAAAUUCGAAGCAGACAACAACAAACAAGUUAUCAAGCAUUCAAAAUACACCCAACCGCAAUAACGCAGUGCAAACAGAGUGAAAGUCGGAACGUAAAGCGUGUGACAAAAAUUUCCCUACACCUGCCACCCACUGCUGCUUGUAAUGUUAUCAGUGCUCGAGGCGCGCUAAGAACGCGUACAAAAACAACAACAACAGCAGAACAAAAACAACAAUAGCAACCGUGGGUGCUUAGCGCGCAUAAUAGCAAAUUCUCAAGGACACAUACAGUAAAAAUUAAAUUUGUAAUGCUGUAACAGCAGAGAGAGCAGCAGCAGCAACAUAAAGCGGAAGCGGCGAACGUGCGCACAAUUUCAAAAAGCAAUUAAUGGGGGCCAUGAACCAAGAAGAACAAUUGAGAAACAACGACAACAACAACAAUAUCUGACUAACGGGCUAAGCCCGUCAAGUAUUUAGAGUUUAAUUUGAGCAACUGAGCAAUAAACUAGUCAUAGUUCAUAUGGAAGCGGCCGCAGGUUCCAAGUUUAGCGAUGUGGACGAGUACGGCUUCAAGCGUGGCGAGAAGUUCGACUAUAAGAACUACGGAACGUUUAUGGAUAAUUACUUAAAGACAUUGACGCGGCGACGCAUCAAAUGGGAGGCUAUACUGCAACAGAAUCCAGAUCUCAGCGUGAUCAGUCCAAAGAUAAAGCGAUAUAUACGCAAGGGCAUACCAGGUCCAUAUCGUGCGGAUGUUUGGAUGAAAAUCACUGGCGCCGAUGAGGCAAAGCAACGAAAUCCCAAUCUAUAUCGUAGUUUAUUAAAUAUCGAACAUUUCAAUAAGGAAAUUAGCGAUUCCAUAUCAAUCGAUCUACCUCGUACUUUUCCCGACAAUAUCCAUUUUGAUUCCAAAAAGGCGCGCCUCUUCAAUAUACUCUGCGCCUAUGCACACCAUAAUCGCGAUGUUGGCUAUUGCCAGGGUCUGAAUUAUAUAGCUGGUCUGUUGCUCAUUGUCACGGAUGAUGAAGAGAAGUCCUUCUGGCUGCUAAAGCAUAUCGUUGAGAAAAUCGUUCCCCAGUAUCACUCACAUAACAUGGCCAAUCUGUUGCGUGAUUUGGCCGUGUUUAGGGAGUUGGUCAUAAGGCGUCUGCCAGCUGUUAAUCGACAUGUGGAAGACCUGGGCUUGCCCUACGCGGUGAUAGCUAGCAAAUGGUUCAUUUGCAUAUUUGCGGAGGUUCUGCCUGUGGAAACUGUGCUGCGAAUAUGGGAUUGCGUUUUCGCGGAGGGUUCCAAGAUUGUAUUUCGUGCAGCUCUGGCCAUGUUUAUAACUCACAAGAGGGCCAUACUGGGCUGCGAGGAUAUUGCGGCACUGGCAAAUCUUUUUCGCGACACUAUGAUUCAGGAUAGCAUAGUCACCGACUGCCAUAGCUUUAUUGAGGCCAUGUUUUCGUUGCGUUUGAAACGCAGCGAGCUCGAAAGCUUGCGCAAAGUAGCUGUGCUAAAUGGGAACUAAGCAACUAAUCAACAAAAAAUCGAAGAAAAAAAAAAUAACAAACGAAACAAAAAAAAAAACGGCCCACAAAAAACCAAAACAAAAACAAGAAAGCAAUCGUAAAAUUCAAUUAUUAGAGAUGUAGCUUAAAUGUGUCCAAUGGGUAUUUGUAUGUACCAUUUUAUGUGUAUUUGUGUAUAGCCUCAUUGUAGCCAACCAAUUUUGAGUAUUAUUCGAAGCAAAACUAAAUAUGAUACCAAAGUCAAAUUCCAAUUCGAAAAAUAAACAAAUUUAAUUGCAUGCACACAUUUGUACAAUUUAUGCAUGUACUUGUGUGCGCGUGCAUUAGCAGUAGUUGUAGUUGUUGCCAAAAAAAAAAAUUUAAUUGAUAACGCAUAGAUCUAGAGUAUAUCGCCUGGAUAAACGUCACAUACACAAGUAUCUUUUAUGUAUGACUGUAAAUUUCAUACGCUUACGUUCUUUAUUUUCUUGUUGAUCAAAAAUAUUAGUAUUUAUUUUGUAGUAUAUUACCUUUAUAUGCCGCUGUGUGUGUUUUAGGAAACUUCUAGAUAUACAUGUAUUUUUUAAAAUGCUUUUAAAUUGUUAAACGGCAAAUUGCAAAUGCCUGUUAGUUGAUCGCUAUGUACAAACAAACAAACAAGAAAGAAAUUACCAUAACUAUUUACUAUUA